AGUGGGAUAUUUGCUGCCACACGCACAAGUCAAAACGACGAAAAGGCCCUCGGAACUUUCUAGAAUUUCAUAUUCCUCAUCCUACAAACCCUAGAUAGAAUCUCAACGCGCGAUCGAUUUCGCUAGCACUUCGAUCGUAUUCCACUGCGUGAUUAUCAAAUUCUUAUCAAUUUUUGGUGAAAAAUGACAGCUUUAUAAGAUUUGAUCCGACGGAAGGUCGAAUUAUAGCUGUGGAAUGGGCAGAAGUAGAGUAUUAGCGGUAAUUUUCCCAUUAUUAAUCGUUUCAGCAACUUCAAACGCAACAUUAUUCAAUUCCAGGAAGUUAGUUGAUUUGGCUCCUACACAAAGCAACAAUUCAUCUUCUGAACAGAUUUCAGCUUCAAAUACUCCAGUUAAGGGUGAAGAGGAAGUUAAUUCCAGCAAAGUUAGUCAUAAGAAACCUGAAAUUGGAAAAGAGAAGCCUGCAAAUCCUGAAGGAAGUAAUGAUCCACCAAAACCUCCGCUGGAGGAACUGAAUUCAACUAAAGUCAAUGAUGGGAGCUCAGUAACAGAAAAACAAAAGCCUAAAGAUCCUCAGGUAAGAAACGAUGCACCUAAAGAUUCAGUGGACCAGAAUUCAACUACGGUCAAUGAUGGGAGUCUGAUAGCUGAAAGCGAACAGCCUAAAGAUGCUCAAGGAAGCAAUGAUCCAUCAAAACCCGACCCAAAGGAACCAAAUUCCACUGUAGUGGAUGGUGGGAGCUCUAAAGGUGAAAAAGAGAAGCCUAAGGAUCCUCAGCCUCAGGGAAGCACUGACUCACAUAAAUUGGAUCAUGAUCGCCCUAAAAGUGAUAACAACACGGCUGCUGAAAGCCCUCCACCUGCUGAGAAGGAGACUGAAGAAAAGAAGAACUUAGAUGAUAAAAUAAACUCGGAAAUGAACACUAACGAAAGCUGUCAGGGGGAUACUAAAAUGUGCAGGGUUGAACAAACACUGAUUGCCUGCAUUCAAACUCCCCAGAAUGGAUCUGCUGGAUUGUUCCUUGUUGUGCAAAAUGAAGGGGAAAAAAGAGUGAAAGUAAAUAUCAAUAUCCAACCUCCUCUGGACAGAUUCAGAAGCCAACUUGAAAUAGGUAAACCUGAAAAACUGCCAGUUGUCUGUCAUAUAAACUUGAUCUUAGCCACAAGGCCGGUAAAGAUCGAUAUCUCAUCAAUCAUGGGCAAAGGUUCUGAAAUAGUGCUGAAUGCUGGAGAUGGUAGUUGCAGGCUUCAAUUGGACCGCCGUGUCUCUAUGGAUAACAUUCUGCAGCAGGUGUCUCUUUAUUCUAAGCGCGUGACCCCUGUCUAUGGUGCAUACUUCCUUUUUCUUGUAACCCUACUUUUUGGUGGGACAUGGGCUUGCUGCAAGCUAAGGAAGAAGAGACAUCAAGAUGGAGUUCCAUAUCAGGAAUUAGAGAUGGGAGUACCAGAAUCUGCCUCAGCUACAAAUGUUGUUACAGCAGAUGGUUGGGAUCAGGAUUGGGAUGACGAUUGGGAUGAGGAGAAUGCAGUGAAGUCACCAGGUGGACAUACUUAUGGGACUAUCUCUGCUAAUGGCCUCACGUCUAGGUCUUCUAAAAAAGAUGGGUGGGAAAAUGACUGGGAUGAUUAG